AUGAUAUUCAAAGCAUACAUCAGAUGGGACCAGAACCCAAUCAUAGUUUCAUUCAGUGAGAAAACUACGCCUGUCCGGGAAGUGCAGUUUCCAGCCGUCACCAUUUGUCCGGAAACGAAAGUACAGGCGGAGCAGUUAAACUUCACUGAAGAAAUUAAUGGAUUGUAUGAUAAAGAGGAAGAUGUUGACGGUGUUUAUAACCCUUACACAAUUGGUCAGUUGAAGGCCAUAUCACAGGUUUGUGCUUCUCAGUUCUACAAGGAUCACUUAAGUUCGUUCAAUGGAACCGGUGAAAUGAAUGUCGUGAAUAUACUGAAGAAUCUUUCCCUGGACCGGGAUGUAGUUGUCGACAACUGUGGAUAUGGUGACGAAGCAUGCGACCUAUACAUGAAGGACACGGUCACCGAAGCAGGGCUCUGCUAUUCGUUUAACAUGCUACCCCAGAGCCAAAUGUUCCGUAAGGGUGUACUUCAUAACGAACACGCGUACGUUGAAGAUUGGGAUACAGCUAAAAUCGACGGAGAUCAAAUUCCGUUGCAUGCUCUUGGUACAGGAACUACUGACAGUUUGUGGAUGUACCUCGCAACAAGCAAAACGGACAUCGAUUACACCUGUGCAGGAGAUUUGCAAGGGUUUACAAUGACGUUGCACGAAGCCAGCGCGUAUCCUACAAUGGCCAAGCGGAGUCUUUUCAUCCCAUUAGACCACCGAGUGCAGAUUGCCGUGAAGCCUCAGAUUAUCACAACAUCGCCGUCAGCAGCUGAAUAUCAUUGGAGCAAACGACAAUGCUUCUUCAACACCGAGCGUUAUCUUCAGUUUUUCAAGAUAUACAAUCAGGACAACUGUGAGCUUGAAUGUCUGACCAACAUUACUUUGGCCGUGUGUGGCUGUGUUCGAUAUUCGAUGCCACGGGCUCACGGCUCAGACGUGUGUUCCUUCAAUAAGUUGGAUUGCAUGAAUCACGCUUUCAUCUUUUUCAGGUUCAUUUCAAGUUUCGAUGUUUAUUUUAAAGAAUCACAGUUCAUCGCAUCGCGUCGAUCGGAGCUGUAUGGGAUUGUGGACUUUAUCGCCAACUGUGGGGGUCUACUGGGGCUGUUUAUGGGUUUUAGUAUUCUGAGUCUUCUGGAAAUAUGCUAUUUCAUUACAAUCCGUCCAAUUUCGUUGAAAAAAAUUAUUAAUAGAGAAUCCGAUCUCGAGGCAGCAAGGUAA